AUGUCCCGGUCAGCGACUCCCAGCUCCGUGGCAAGCAGCAGCAGCUGGUCCGCCUUCCUCAAGUCCAUUGCUUCUUUCAACGGCGACCUCUCGUCCCUCACGGCCCCGCCAUUUAUCCUCUCCUCGACCAGCUUGACCGAGUUCAGCUCUUACUGGUGCGAGCACCCGCCCUGCUUCGCCGCCCCCGCCAAGGAGUCCGACCCCGAGAAGCGCUCCCUUCUUGUGCUCAAGUGGUUCCUUUCCACCCUAAAGCAGCAGUACGCGAGUCGCAGCGAGCAAUAUGGCAACGAGAAGAAGCCUCUCAACCCUUUCCUCGGCGAGCUAUUCCUUGGCAAGUGGGAGGACGAUGCGGGCGUGACCGAGCUCAUCAGCGAGCAAGUAAGCAUCACCAAUGUCCCCACCGGCACCCACCUCGAGGGUUACAACGCCCAAAAGGCCACAUUCUCGCGCACCAUCAACACCUACCUCAUCACCCUCCCCUCCCUCCACAUCGAAGGCCUCAUCUACGGCGCGCCCUUUGUCGAGCUCAACUCCCACUCCUUCAUCACCAGCUCGUCGGGCAUCACCUCCAAGAUUAGCUACUCGGGCAAGGGCUGGCUCUCGGGCGAGAAGAACAGCGUCACCGCCGUCGUCUACCGCGGCGACAACGAAAAGGACGUCCUCUACAACGCCACCGGCGUCUGGACCAAGUCCUUUAGCUUCUACAAGGGCCCCGCCAAGUCCAACGGCCCCUCCACCCUCGUCGAGACCUACGACGCCGCCAGCUCCCCGGCACCCAGCUCUCCGUCGCCCCCGUCGACGCCCAGCACCCCUCGAGUCCCGUCGCGCCUGGGCCAAGGAAAAGGCCGAGUCCAGGGCCUGGCAGAGGAGGUACUUUACCGCCCGUGGCUCCCCGACGACGUGCUUCGGGACCUCGCCCCCAAGGUCGGCCUCGGCAUCGACGGCGACGCCGACAAGACGGGUGGCCUCUGGAGGUUCGACCGCGAAAAGGAGCAGCAGGUCAAGGCCGCGGGUCCGCCGUCCCCAGACGAAAUCGCUACCAUAGAGCAGGAGCUUCUGGGGCAAUAG